GACUAACACACACAUAGAUGAUCAAAGCGGAACCAAGUGUUGGGAAACAGUUCAUAUUACAACUGUCGUGUACAAAGAAACCCUGCAAUAUAAUUUAUUUAUUAUCACCGUGAAGUACAGCUCUGAAUUAUUUUAGAACACAAUGGAUCACAACUCGAGAACAGCAUUCUGCAAACAGGCACAAGGAGUGCUUGUUACAAGCCUGGUAAUUAUAGUGUCUUCACUCGUAACAGUUUGUACGUCAACGCCGAUACCACCACAAGAGCCCAUUCACCCAAGCUUGCAUUACGAGAGACUGGUCGCUAACACAGAGACAUUGCACGACAGACACGCCUUGGUCUACAGAGAAUUUAGAACAAUCCGCCAUAACGACCCUGCCAUUAGAGUUGAUGAUUUCACAAUACAGGGGAUCCCAGGUGUGGACUCACUACCAUCGGGCGAGGCGAGAUUCAGUAUGGAGGAGUCACUAUUGCUGCCCAUUCACUACAGAAGCGUCCAAGCUUUCGUGAACAGUCUUACACUAGCCAUUCAAGAUGAGAUUGCACUGAGGAUGACCGGAGAUCAUGACUUCGACAGCCGUCUUAGGUCGAUCCUUCUUCUUAUGGAGCGAGUGGAAUCCAAACUCAGACAAACGAUGCAGCGACUUGAAAUCGAAUUGGACUACGACACAAGACCAGCGGUUACAUUCACCAUCAACGAAAACAGCACAUACCUCAACAUGAGAAUUCUCUUUGUCUUACAAGAAUUAAAUCACUACAUGGUACCACUCAUACAAGACUUUGUCAACUGCAAAAACAGGCAUAACACGACGUCGUCAUAGCAACUAGGUUGAUACUUUAGAAAGCCCGCCAUUUAUUCUGAGAGGACAAUGAAUGCGGCCCCACGGUUCGCAGACAAUGACGUCAUCUCGUCACCAUUUUGUUUUUGUUUGUUUUGCAAUCGGUCGAUUGACGACCCGUACCCAUCGUCGUGGACAGCUGGAAAUUCCUUCCUGCGUGUUUUCCUUGUUUUUUAUUAUUUAUUUAUACGAUGAUAUUCGUCAAUAUUUAGCCAAGAUUUGGACGUCGUGUUGACACAGUUCACUAUGCUAAGAUUGUUACUGAACAAAAAACAGUAUCAGAUGAAAGUGGGAGGGGGAGGGGUGAACACAAAUACGUCAAAUAUUUUAAACAGAUUGGCUAUGAUCUUGUUGUGAGAAGAAAAAAAACAUCUUAAAGAUUUCUCAUGGUGUCACCUUUUGCCGAAUGGAAUUCUGGAAAGGAUUCGAAGAUUCUUUGCUGAUUAUCCAAAAAAGUCGAGCCUUUGUUUUGUAAUAUUGUAUUCAUACAGCAAGAUGUGAGCGUUUAUAAUAUUUAUUUUUAAUUUAUGCUAAGUUAUUCAUACUUUUGUAUUUAAGUGCCUAAACACCAAGAGUAACUUGGUGAUAUUUAUUUUAACUUAAGUAAAGCAGAGUGGACAGGAGGACUGAGCAGUACUGUUUGUGCCGUUUAUUUAAAAAAACAAAUAUUUAUUAUAAAUUAAUUUAUUUUGUUAUAUUGGAGGACUUUGUAUUGAAAACGUGAGAUUUCCAAUGAACACACCAAAUAACAACAAUUAUUGAUGCAUCAAUUCAUAAUUGUGUUGAUAUUUCCAGCUGGGAAAUUAUUAAUGAAAUAAAAAAAUAAUUUAUUAAAAUGCGAAGAAUGUAUUCUCUCUGUUAACAGGAGGAUAAUUUCGUGCUGCAUUUAAAUAGAUGUAUGUUCAACAUUUCCUAAAAACACAAUUUUAACAAUGUACAUAUUUAUUUAAUAUUUUUAUAUGUGAAAUAAACAAGUUGAACCCGUCAAGUGUCGAACGAGAUAGUGUCACUACAAAACCAUUUAUUAUAAUUUGGCAGAAUUCUUACACUUGUUUGUAGACUCCGAAGACAUAUUGUUGAACUUAAACAACAUAACAUACUUGCAAAUGACAGAAAACUAACCAUCUUUUCUGAAACAACUUUCUGGAAACAUAAGUUUGCAUAUUAUUCGCUAAUACGAUCUUUUUCUAGAUAUACUUUCGCUACCCCCAUCUGGUGAGCCCACAACGUAGUCAAACGUUUUGAACAAAAAAACAGAUAAACAGUCAGUAUCAUCGGGUUAAUAGUUUACUAAUGUGGACAUUAUUAAUAUCUUUAUCCCAACUUGACAAAGAGAUAAAUUAGUUUAUUGAUUGAGUAAAUGACGAUUUAAUUUCCAAAACACUGUAUUCGGUAACUUGUUCAUAAAAAUAUUAAAUUUAAAAGGUGUCCUAUUGUAUGGAAGUAUGUGUAUACUACACGCAGGUAUCGCUCGAAGCAGCCAAUUAUAAAGAUUAUUGCAACAAUAUACAGUACAUAUAAUAACGGUUAAACUUCGGAUGUUGGACCAUAAUAUUAUCUUUUUGAUAAGAUUAAAUCUUCAUAACAAUAUGUUAUAAUAAUGUACUCAGCUGGUUCUGGUGUUUUUAACAUUGGAAUUAAAACAAAUG